ACCCUUGAAAAUUCCGCGAAACAACGAAGUGGCCCCUUCUACUCUUCUCCGAGAAAACAGUCACUGAGUCGAGUCACACUCUAAAAACCUCUCCUCCGUCGAGCCAGCAACCGGAAAAUCCUCGGAAGAUUUAUGUCUCAAACUUCGCCGAUGAACUUCAACACAGUUUAUCAAUCUCUCACGGCGUUAUUUCCACAGAUUGAUGCAAGGAUAUUGAGAACUGUUGCAAGGGAGCACCCAACGAAUGCUGAUGAAGCUGCCGCUGCUGUUACUUCCGAGGUUGUUCCUUUGUUUCCUCAAGAAUGGGAAGAUCAUGUUAAGAAAAGGAAACUCCUUGAUCUUCCUCUCUGCAAAGUAGAGCCUGAAAUGCAGCAUGACGAUGCUCUCUCUCAAUGGCUUCAUCCAUCUCAGCUUCCACAGAGUUACCUUGCACUGCUCAACGAAGAAGAAGAAGAAGAAGAAGAAGCAACACCUGUUGUAAAACCUAGUCUUGACUACGCUGUGAAGAAAGUGGUUCUUCCUAGUCGUGAUGCAGCAGCAACUGGUGCACGAGGAGAAGUCCGGACCAUAUACUCAGCCUCCAACGGAACUGCUUCUUCCGUGGUGAAACCUUCUAUCCGUGUACAAAGCUACACCGAUAAUGAAGAACUCUCUGGAAGCAGCAGCAAGGAUCCUGUGGCCGGGCGAUCCUCACGCAAGGAGGUGGUGCCCCCGUGGUCUAACUACUCUGAGAAGCUGAGAAGCUGGAAAAAACGAAGCAACAACCGUGACUUCUCACAGCUCCAUGGCCAAUGCAAAUAUGAACCCUCUUGGCAAUCUAACCAAAGCAAGUGCAGAAGUUAUUACACUGAGCGUGACCGGAAGCAGCGAAUUGAUGAUAACAUCAAGGCGUUAGCGAAAUUGCUCCCGCAUGAAGUCAAGGAGGAUAGUAGCUCUGAAGUGAUACUGAAUGAAAUUGUUGAUCAUGUGAAGCUUCUCCAGCUACAGAUGAAGGAACUGAGUCUAAACAGGUUGGGAGGAGAACCAAUAUCUCAUCCUAUGACGUUCAUUGAGGGAUUUGGUCACUACAUUCAUCACGAGGAGAUGAUGACAAAGCCUCUGGAGGAAGUGAUGGAAGAUCUGCUCUCAAAUGAUCCUGAUACUGCAGCUCGUUUGUUGGGGAGCAAAGGCCUUUACUUGAUGCCUUUGUCCUCAGCUCAAGACUUUUGCUGAGUCAAACACAUAAAAGAUAGUCUUAACAGAGUUUGUUUUGAUCAAUGGUAGUUAUCCCAACCUAAUAAUUUUAGUACAUGUUGUUUAGGUACAUUUAUAUCAUCGUUAUUAUAUCCCGCAGCGAAAUCAAUAACUCAUCUCUA